AAUAUCAAUACCAAAAAACAUUAUUGAUAUUGAAGGUAACCGUUUAUUAUUUAUCUAUAUAACCAUCGGACUUGUGAAUCUCGUUAAACUAUAAACAAAUAAUCAUUCUGCAUGUAAAGAUUAAUUAAGACAGAUAAAUGAACUGUUUAGACUAGUAAUGUUUAAUUGACUACGUAUCCGUUCAAAAUUGAGAAUGUUUUUUCACUUAUGUUAAAUAUGACAUCAAUAAUAAUAUUUACCAAUCAAUUGUAAUAGAAAAACCUAACGGAUUAGAGUUGAAUGAGCUCGUUGUUUUCAUAAUCCAGUUUUUAAUUCUACAUAGGAAAGUUGCAAUUUGUAUAUGUUUUGCUUUAACAAUUAUGGUUACAGAAUCUGAAAUCAUUUGUCUUACUGAAAUAAUAAAAAAGAAGCUAUCGAUUUUUAUCAAUCAAAAAAUAAGUGAUAUUAGAAUAACUAUGGAAAUAUACACAGAAGAUCAAUCUAUCAUUAGUGGUAUCGUGGAUCCUUUCUUAAUUAUUUGUUUGUUGGUUUAACGUAUAAUGAUAAAAAAAACAAAAUGUCAAGAAUCGAUUGAUUGUUUGUUUUUUGUUUCAAUAUAGGAUCAUGAAAAAGAAAAAAGUUAACAAUCAAUUGAUUACGUAGAAACAAGCAUAACCACAAAGAACAGAAAAAGUAAAUCAAUUGAUGUUUUUUAGUUUAAACGGAUAAUCACAAAAAAAGAAAUCGCCAAAUGUUAUCAAUGAAUUUAGUGUUUUCACGCAUAACCACAAAGGGAACAAUCAAUUGUUUGUAUGUAAACGCGCAUAACCAAAAAAGAGAAGAACACCUAAAUCGGUGGAUUGUUUUAGUUUAAACGAACCAUCACAAAAAAAGAAAUAAUCCAGUGUUAAUGUUUCAAUGAAUAAUCUCAAAAAAAAACUGAGCAAUCAAUUGAUUAUAUGUUUACAUGCAUAACCACAAAAAAACGUAAAUCAGUCGUUUGCUUUAAUUAAACGGGUAACCAUGAAAGAGAUAACCAAACUAGGGGUGUCGCAUUAGCAUUAGCAUUAGCAUUAAUUAAUGCUAAUACUAAUGCUUUUGCAUUAGCAUUAACAGUUAACACUAAUGCUUUAGCAUUAAUGGCAUUAGAGUUAAUUAAUGCUUAG